CCCGCUGAUGUCAGGAUCAGAGUUGAGGAGGAGGGGCGGGAACUGUCAGCGUGCGGCUCUCCACUGUCAUUUGAGCAUUAGAGGUAACCUCUAACUCACGCGCAACUUCAUGCUUCUGCAUUACUCUGGAGCUCCGAAAUUUUAGACUCUAUUGUCCUCCCUUCUUUGUUAUUCCGUUGCUGAUGAACUCUAAAACGUACUGUUAAAUUUCAGUUAAUGAGGAUUAAUCCAUCAUCCUUGCUAUUGUUGCAGGGGGGUGAUCAUUUGAAUACAAAUGCGUGACACCGCGCAUAUUAAAUUAAUGUGUCCUGUGUCUGCUGCUGGGAGCUCAGUAGAGUGAAUAGAGGAACGCUCGGACUUGCAACAAGUUCUGCUCUGCUGUAACAACAAGAAAAUGGCAAGUUCGGCCUCUCUGGAGACGGUUAUGUCUUGCAGUAGGACCGGGCCCUCUGGGACUCCAAAGAGCCUGGCCUUCUCCAUCGACCGAAUUAUGUCCAAGAGCUCGGAACCGAGACGCGGUGCGGAGGAGCGCUCGGAGGGAAAGAAGUUACUCGGGCUGUGCUCCCCUAUCCCAUGCAUGAUCCCGCUGCAGCCGUUCAGCUACGAUCUUCAGUCCAAGGCGCUGAUGAACUACUCGGAGCUGUGGAGAGCCAGCCUCAGAGGAACAUUCUGUGGAUCAGUGACCGCACCGUGCAAAGGGAACUGCGGUGUGUGCGCCAGAGCGGAUUCCACGUUAAAGCAGCCAGUACCAACCACCGAGAGCAGGGUGGUGAAACCACAGGUUAUUCACCAAGCCGUGGCCGUGCCCAGCCUGGGCUCACUUUACUAUCUUAAUUACCUGGACUCUGCAUACCAGCAGUCAGAGCUGCUCGCCGGACAUUGGUUCUCUACACAACAGGCCCAGGCAUCCCUGUCGGCGCACCAAAGACUCUUGCUGCUGGAGAACACCAAACUCGCCGGCGUGGGUUCCGAAAAGCUCCCCACUCCUCAGUACCCGCACAAGGAACAUCUGCCGGGCCAGCUAGACCAGAUAGUGAAGGACAACCACGCUUUGACUACCGAGAAAAACGGCGUCAAGACACACAGCAAACCCAGUUUAGGCAGCGGCAGUGCAGACGGAAAACACAAAAACUUCACAUGUGAAGUUUGUGGAAAGGUUUUUAACGCACAUUAUAAUCUAACCAGACACAUGCCGGUGCACACAGGGGCCCGGCCCUUUGUAUGUAAAGUGUGCGGCAAGGGCUUCCGUCAGGCCAGCACGCUCUGCAGGCACAAGAUCAUCCACACGCAGGAGAAGCCUCAUAAAUGCAACCAAUGUGGCAAAGCGUUCAACAGAAGCUCCACGCUGAACACGCACGUACGGAUCCACGCCGGGUACAAGCCGUUUGUGUGUGAAUUCUGCGGGAAAGGUUUCCAUCAGAAAGGUAAAUAUUUAAUGAAGUUUCAAACCCUUCACAUACAGGAUUUUGUUGUUUUGUCGGCGCUAUGGCUUUAAUGCAUGUAAUAUAUCUAAAAUAUAUAUUUUUUAAAACUCAGGGCAUGCACUUUUAAUGUUUAAAAAAGAAACUAACGAUAACAAACAAAAACCUGGAGGAAUUGCUCCCGAUUUUUUCCUGCAGACUUCUAAAGUAAAAAAACGCAAAUGUAAGACAAAAGGUGGUAUUUAUAUUUUGGGCAUGAUUCUGGUGCAUUUUAUGGCUUAAAUUAACUUUAGUAAAUAAAGCAGAAAAGUCGGAAAUAUAUUUGCGAUUUGAAUUCCUACAUCCUGGCUCAGUUCCGUUGCGAGUAAGCUGUUUUUGGUAGAAUUUAAAUUGUCCCCUCCAUUGGACCACAGCAAUUUAGAAAGAAAAAAGCUCAUUAUGUGCUGUAACUGUUUUGCAAUUAAGAAUCAGUGCAGGCCGAUUUAACCUCCAUCGGCAUUCGUGUUGCGGAGUUAUGCGGCAAGCUGCUGUUGUGUAGGCUGUUGUCAGUCGAAAUUGUGGAAAGAAAUCCGUACAGUUUGCGGGGAAAGCGGAUCUGUAAAUAUCUGCAGGCUCACCGAAGCCAUCAGCACAAAUAGGACAUGGCACUUUCCAAGGACUAAUUCUUUCUUUAAGACGGCAUAAUUUGCUUUGGGUCAGUUGCUUGAACUCUGGCAAAGUUUUUUUUUUUUUUUUUUACCGAGUUGCCACUGCGCUUGAUUCUGAUAGGAUUUGACAACUUCUCUACCUUAACACACAAACAUAUCUAAUUAAUGAAAAAGACUUUGUAAAGGUACGAACUCCGCCAUGAAUAUAUGCACAGGGGUAUAUUUAGUUAUCCUAAUCAUUACCGCUCUUCCUUCAAAAUCAGAAAAAAAUUACUUAAAUAAAUGAUUUCAUUUACAUAUAAUUUAUUAUUAUUUUCUUUUUAGAUUGUGCCACAACAACAAUGAAGCAAUCAUUGACCUCCGUCAUGGAAUUUAUUAUAUAUAUGAUCACUGAAAUUCUGUGCGUAUUGUUGGAAUAAACAAUAAUGCAGAAUGCAUUUAUUAUUUUUCUAGAAAAAAUAUUGCCUAGUUUUUUUAAACCACAGAAAAUAUUUUAUUUCACACAGUUAGUGCUUUUUCGUAUUCCAAAGAAACCAGAUUGAUGAUUCCUACCCUAAUGUUUGUCAGUUGGACCACUCA